GUCUCUACUUAGUCUUUGGUUUCUGACAUUUGACGAAAAAUCUAAUAGGUGAUGUUAUUGUAACUUUUUUCCCCCCCAAGUGGAAAAACAAUGUAAUUUAUUUUUGUAUUUGUGUUUGAUUUAAAGUAUUUAUUUUUUGUAAUUUUUUUUUAAACUGUGGUGUAUUGUUGAUUAUAAGUAAGGGAAAAUAAUACGUUCGCUAUCAUAGAUGAAAUGGGAGACCGAAGAUUUAGAGGUGAACGAAAUGGAUUUCGGGAUCGGCAGCGCAAUAACUGGAAUCGACGAACAGAUUCCGACCAGCCCUCGACUAGUGGUGGGAGCGGCUAUGUUCCCAGGACUCGAGACAGAGGCCGCGGAAGAGGAAGAGGAAGAGGGGGAGGGGGCGGGCCUCCGCCAGGCUUGAGUGGGAAAGAGAUAGGAAUGUGGUAUCGGAAUAGAAGUAUUCAGAAAAAGGAAGAGAAACAAUCUGCUAGUCUUGCAGUGAACUUAGAUGCCAGGCUUCAGCGUCAAAUCCAGGACGUUUUAAGCUCGAUCGACUCUUCGUAUUUGCGUCCGUCAGCUCGUCUCGGUGUAGAGAAAGGCUGCAGGCCACAGUCUGUAAAGAGAGCAGCCACCGAUGACGACGAUGGCGUAGAGAUCAUGGAGUGCAGUAGUGUGACGGACGUGAAGCAGAAAUACAGUGCGGGUGGUGGUGGGGUAGGAGACGGUGGCGAAUCUGCAGCCAGUAAAUAUAGGCAUAUCGCUGAGAGCAAGUUCAAAAAUAAGUUUCUGCAGAACAUCACAGGCAGCAUUGAGUCAAAUCUGGCCAGCUCUCUUUCAAUGUGUUCCGAGCUCAUCAGAGAUGUGGAACUGGAUGAAUGGUUAAUGAAAGAGGUUUUGAAGAAGAAAGAAAGUGAGCGAUACCAGAAGAUGCUGACUUUACGCAAAAAACUGCCUGCUUUCAAAAAUAAGAAUGAAAUACUUGAAUUGAUCCGCAAGAACCAAAUUAUUCUGAUUUCUGGAGAAACAGGAUGUGGAAAGACAACCCAAGUAGCCCAGUUCAUCUUGGAUGACUACAUAUCGAGAGGCCAAGGAUCGCUUUGCCAUGUAGUGUGCACCCAGCCUCGGAGGAUCAGUGCUAUUUCUGUCGCCGAGCGAGUGGCUCAAGAAAGAGACGAAUCUUGUGGCAGUGUGUCUGUUGGUUACCAAAUUCGCUUGGAAGCGAGGUUGCCUCGUUCCAAGGGCUCAAUCCUGUAUUGCACUACAGGAAUGUUGCUUCAGUUCAUGCGUUCUGAUCCUGGCCUGAGAACCAUAUCUCAUUUGAUACUGGACGAGAUACACGAGCGAGACGUCAUCUCUGACUUCGUUAUUACCAUUAUGAAAGAUGUGCUGCCAAAGAGGCCUGACCUUAAGUUGAUAUUGAUGAGUGCCACGUUGAAUGCAGAACAUUUUUCAAAGUAUUACAACAAUUGUCCCAGUAUCAACAUUGCUGGAUUUACCUUUCCUGUUCAUGAAUAUUACCUGGAAGAUGUCCUGGAAAUGACCAAUUUCAGAUCUUUCAAAGCUGUGGCAGACCAGGAACCGCAAGGCUGGCGUAAACAUUUGCAUCAUUUCAAAGCUAAGAUAAAGGGAAUGGAAGAUUACAAGGAUUUCAUCGAGCCAUAUGUCAGACACCUAAAAACACAAGGAAAGUAUUCUGACCAUGUUUUAACGUCGCUGAGGAAUCCAGACUCGGAGCAGAUUAAUGUGGACCUCAUAGAAGCUCUGAUCCACCACAUUUGUCGAAAUAAGGACGACGGUGCAAUUUUGGUAUUCUUGCCAGGCUGGACGGACAUCGCCAAACUGAAUUCAUUGCUAACAGAAUGCCGUAGAUAUAGUCCAGAUCGGUACAUAAUAAUACCACUCCAUUCCUUGAUGCCUACAACCACCCAGAAGUCUGUUUUUGAUAAGCCACCUCCAGGUGUAAGGAAGAUAGUGCUGGCCACGAACAUAGCAGAAACGUCCAUCACGAUUGACGAUGUUGUGUUUGUCGUGGACUGUGGUAAAAUCAAGAUGAAGAACUUUGACAAAGAAAACAAUAUCUCAACUCUGAACGCGGAGUGGGUGAGCCUGGCUAAUGCCAGGCAGAGGCGGGGCCGGGCUGGGAGGGUUCAGCCGGGAAUCUGCUACCACCUGUACUCCAAGGCCAGGGAGAUGAUCCUGGCCGACUACCCGCUCCCGGAGAUGCUGCGCACGCGCUUGGAGGAGGUCAUUCUGCAACUGAAGAUCCUCCAGCUCGGCCGCGCCAAGCCGUUCCUGGAGCGGGUCAUGGAUCCUCCGGACUCUGGCGUCAUUGACUUGUCACUCAAGUUGCUGCACACAUUGAAUGCCUUGGACGAAGAUGAGAACUUGACUCCGCUCGGCUAUCAUCUCGCCAAUUUACCGUUGGACCCGCAGAUCGGAAAGAUGGUUCUCAUGGGUGCCAUUUUCAGCUGCAUCGAUCCCGUCUUCUCGAUUGCAGCUGGCCUGUCAUUCAAAGAUCCAUUUGUUGUGCCUCUUGGAUCUGAGGCCAGAGUGAACGCGGUGAAGUUCAAGCUGUCAAAGGGCAUUGUUAGCGAUCACUUGGUGGUGGCGGAGGCCUUGAGGCAGUGGGAGAUAGCUGAUCGUCGAGGCCAUGGUCCAAGUUUCUGCUGGGAUCACUUCCUCUCCUCCAGCACCAUGGUUAUGCUGAGAAACAUGAAACAGCAGUUUGCUAAGUACAUGCAUGAUAUGAACUUCCUCACCAGUGACAACGUGAAGGAUCCCAACGGGAACCUUAACUCUGACAACAUUGGCCUGGUGAAGGCAAUCAUAUGCUCUGGACUUUAUCCCAAUGUGGCAAUCAUCAGGCAGGUGAAGCGAAUUCGUCGCACUGGGAAAAUGAGAGUGGUGUUGUGCACGCCGGAGGACGGCAAGGUGCAGCUGCACCCCAAGUCCAUCACGGAGAAGAUGGAAGAGUUCGACAGCCCCUUCCUGCUGUACCACAUGAAGCUGAAGAGCACCGCCAUCUUCCUGCACGACGCGUCGGUGGUGAACCCGUUGCCGCUGCUCUUCUUUGGCGAGUCCCUCCGCAGCCAGAUGGAGGAUGGCGCUGAAGUGAUUGCCGUGAGCGAUGCGAUUCGGUUCCGCUGCCCUGAGAGCACUGCCACGCUUGUGAAGGAUGUCAGGGACAGACUGAAUGGCCUACUGGAGCACAAGGUAACUCAUCCAGGAGUUGUUGACUGGAAUGUUCAUUGCGAUGAAGGGAAGCUGCUAAGGGCUAUAAUAUAUCUCAUCACAUAUGAAGACAAACAAAUGCGACUAAAGGCAGAAGAUGGAGAUGAUGAAUUUUUAGACUGAAUUAUUUUUUGUACUUCCCAUCUUAACAUUGAUGAAAUUAUAUUGAUAGUUGUUCAGAGUUACAGUUGAACUUGUAUUUCAUGUUAGUGAAACAUCUUAUGUAUUGAGCAUUUAUUUUGUACCCUAAAGCAGAAUGUUGUUUUUGUAGUGGUUAAAAUCGGUAUUUUAAGCACAUGCCUCUUAACAUGAUAGUCAAUUCCAUUACAGUUUGUAUUAAAGUUGCUUGCUGUUCUAUUUAAAUAUUGUAAACAUUAUAUGUGUUACAUAUACUCUAUACUUAAGUUGUAAACAGCAUAAAAUCCAAAAGUAGUUUUUUUUUUAUAUAUAUAUGUACUUGUAACCAAUCCAGAUUUCACCGGCUAGCUUUGGUAUGAAUUGCACAUACAUAAAACACUUGAAUAAUUUAAGUUCAAUAAGAAUUUAACUUUUUUAAGGUGAAAUCUGUUUACUCCGAAGAUGAUGUGGCAAAAAAUAAAAUAAUUUAAAUGAA